AUGAAUCGAGCCAGACGGCAGUUGCUAGGUUGCGUCCUGGUGGCCGUUGUGCUGUUCCUGCUAUACAGGCGCCGUCAAUCGGGGGCCGAUGUCAAUGUUCCUCCGCCCGUGACCCCAGAGGCUCCAGAGAUUCCUGCCCCAGAAAAUCCCGAAGAGCAUCCUCAUGAUGAGACAAAGCCUCCAUACCUAUGGCGAGAUCUACCCUUGCGCUUUCCUCCGACUGUCAUAGAGCUGCUGCCGGAAGGAUCGCCGCGAGAUCUACCCGGGCUCCAAGCUGGCUCUGAACACGUUUCGCGAAUUACACUGUGGCAUCAACAGAGCAGAAAAGCGGCAGUAAAAGAAGCUUUUCAGAGGUGCUGGAAAUCAUACAAAAACCUGGCAUGGCAGACUGACGAGCUUGCACCCCUGAGUGGACUGCCACAAAAUGGACUUGGUGGUUGGGGCACGACGCUCGUGGAUAAUCUCGACACGCUCUGGAUUAUGGGAAUGCAUGACGAAUUCAACGAGGCUGUAGAGGCCGUAACUCAGAUCCGCUACGAAGACACCCAGUCGCCAGAAAUCAAUACUCAUGAGACCAACACUCGCCAUCUUGGAGGUCUGUUAGCUGCAUAUGAUCUGAGCGGCGAUCGGAGACUCCUGGAUAAGGCUGUUCAUGUCGGCGACAUGCUCUACGCUGCCUUUGAUACUCCGAAUCGCAUGCCCAUAACUCACUGGGAUUCACACCGAGCGGAGCGCCAGGAAGAACAGCUGGCAGAGGAGGCGACAUCUCCGUCUGAGGUUAGCUCGUUCGUUCUGGAAUUUACGAGACUAUCUCAAAUAACAGGUGAUCAACGGUACUCCAAUGCAGCGCAUCAAGUCAUGGUGAGACUUCAAUUAGCGCAGGAUAUGUCCAAGCUGCCCGGGAUGUGGCCUGUGGUUUUAAACACGCGAGCAAACAUGGCUGACAGCGAUAAGUUCACCAUGGGCCCAGAGGCUGACAGCCUUUACAAGUCUUUGCCAAAGGCAUACGCUCUGCUGGGAGGUCGCUUAUCUAUGUACCGGACCAUGUACGAGAAAGCCACACGGACCGUGGCAAGCCACAGCCUUUUCCGCCCGAUGAAUGCGCAGGGCAAGGACAUUCUCGUCCCUGGAUCUGUGCAAGUGACGAUGACUCAGAACGGCAAGCCACGGACACAUCUAGAACCCCAGGUUCACCAUCGUGCCUGCUUUGCCGGUGGCAUGUUCGCAGUGGGCGGUGCGCUCUUCAACAUCCCAAUCCACCGAAAGAUUGCGAACAAACUCGUUGACGGCUGUAUCUGGGCUUCCCAGGCCAUGCCCAUGGGGAUUAUGCCCGAAGUUUACGAAGCGGUUCCGUGUGCAUCGCAAACUAGCUGUCCAUGGAAUGAGUGGCACUGGAAGCAGGAAGUAUGGAAGAAAGAAAAUACUGUGAAUCCAGACCCAUCUCUGGAUGCCGAUGCUUUCAUUAGGGACCACCGCAUACCUAGGGGCUUCAUCGCUAUCCCGGAUACUCGGUACAACUUGCGGCCAGAUACUAUCGAAAGCAUUUUCAUGCUGUACCGCGUGACUGGUCGCGAAGACCUGCUCGACACAGCAUGGGAAAUGUUCGAGACGAUUCAAAAUGCUACCCGGGUUGAAAAUGGCAAUGCUGGUCUCGUUGAUGUCACAGACGACCAGGGCGAAACAGGUCACACUGACUUGAUGGAAAGUUACUGGAUGGCGCAGACUUUGAAAUACUUCUAUCUGAUCUUCAGCACCCCCGACAUUUUGAGCUUGGAUGAUUAUGUCUUCAAUUCUGCCGGGCACCCGUUCAAGCUCCCGCGUCUUGCAGAGAUGGAGAAGGCGUUUGAACUCCAGUGA